AUGGUGAUCUCUACCAGGGUGUCUAUCCAAUGGCCGCCUGAAGAGGCCGAGGAACUCUCACAUACGAUGGCCUUCACUUCUCCACAGGGCCAUUAUGUCGAUAUCCGAAUCUUGAAAACUCAUUAUCCCUAUGUCCAGCACAAGAACCAGCCGUUUUUCGACGAGGUCUUCCAAUGGUGUUUGUGUGGAACAGAGCAGCCUAUAGAAGGAACAAACAAGAUCAGGUUUAUCAACGAGAUUGAUAGCCAGGCAAUUGCCAAGUCUGUACGUAGUGGAAAAUACGUAGCUCCUGGUGAAGACAUUGGUGAUUUUUCAGCCAUUGAAGGUUCACACGACAGAAAAGAAGUAGGAUCUAUGGUCAACCCAGCUACCGGGAGGGUUCAGGAUUAUAUAGAGAUCUGGAGGUCGUUGGAUCCAUUGCGGUCUACCCCUACCGAGGAAGUUAGAGAGCCUGCUGAAUCCGAGCCCGAGUCGAUCACAGGGUUUUCGCUCGAAAUCAAGGACAACUCUAGAUACCUAGGGAAGCUCAUUCGCCUAGGCUUCUGGAUCCAGGGAAUAGUGUACGAUAAGCAAUCUGAAAAUAUCCAUGUAAUUCGCAGCCAUUUCAACCUGGCUGUUGCUGAAUGGCAGAACCAGAUCGAAUAUGGUCAAAUUGACCAGUUCCCAUUGACAUUUGCCGGUGAAGUAGGCGACAAGGUACUGGUCUCUUCAUCUUUCUCCUGGAGCUGUGUAGAGAGAGAGAAAUGA